AUGGCCAUAAACUUUGGCGACCGCGCCAGCGGGUUCCGUCACUUCGAUGUGAUCAGAUUCAUCAACAAUGAGGUCCUUACGUACGGGGGCGGCCCUGAUUUCUACCAGGCCUUUCGCUCGCGGCCCUGGAAUGAGGUAGAGGACCGGCUGCGGGCCAUCCUCGCUGACCCAACGGUGCCGCGUGCCAUGAAGAGGGCCUGUGCCUGGAGCGCGCUGGCCUUGAGCGUGCGUGAGGGCGCGAGGCAGCAGGAGGAGCAGGCGACCCAGGUCCGGUGGCUGCAGGAGCAGGUGGAGGAACGAGAGGCGGCUUCUUGGGCCCUGGCCGCUGAGCUGCAGCGCCUGCGCGAGGAGCGUGACGCGGUCGUGGCGCAGCUGUAUUCCUCACACGCUGCCCUGCAGCAGGUGCUGCAGGAGCGCAAUAUGUUUUGUGGGCGGCUGCUCCAGAUAGAGACGUCAGCCCAGGUUACCCCGCUGGCCCAAGAGAUGGUGCCUGGGCCUCAAGUGGAGCAACUUGGGGCUGUAGUGGGGCCCAUGAGUGCAGAUCAGCAGAGAGAUGUAGCCAUGGGAGUGCAUGGCGGGCUGUAUUUCGAGGCCCAGAUGCCAGCUCCGACAGCUGUUGCUUAUGCGCCGGGACCCCUGAGUCCCUGGGCCCUGGCCAUGCCACCCCCUCUGCCAGUGCAGAUGCCAUACCCAUUUCCAAGCCAUGCACCAUUCCCGAUGGGAUUCCCAAGCUUGCCACCUGAACCACCAGCAGUAGUUAUGGAAGCAGAAGCUGCAGCUGUCCCAUUUCAGAUGCCUCCUCUGGGGACCUAUCCACCUGGCCCGUGGGCUUCAGUGGGCUUUCAGGAGGAGAUGGCCCCACUGUGGAACCAGGAGAGCUACAGCCAGGGGAAAGGUCCUGAGAUCCUGCAGGGUACAGUACCCUUAGGGGAUAUUGGAAGUCUUAACCAGGAAGGUGCAGAGAGGCCCCAGGGGAUGAUCCCCCUUGGGGGUAGCUGGAGCCACUGCCAGGAUGGAGGUCUAGAGAGGCUCCAGGGGAUGGUCCCCCUGGAGGCCAGUGGGGGCUGCAGCCAGGAAGAAGUUCCCAAAAGACCCCAGGGGACUGUCCCCCUGGGGGAUGGCAGAAAUCACAGGCAAGAAGAUCCAGAGAGGCCACAGGGGACUGGCCCCCUGGAGGGCAGCAGCAGCCAGGGCCAGGAAGGUGGUCCACAGAGGCCCCAGGGGAUGUGUGCCCCUGAGGGCAGCAGCAGCCAGAGUCAGGAAGGUGGUCCACAGAGGCCCCAGGGGAUGCGUGCCCCUGAGGGCAGCAGCAGCCAGAGUCAGGAAGGUGGUCCACAGAGGCCCCAGGGGAUGCGUGCCCCUGAGGGCAGCAGCAGCCAGAGUCAGGAAGGUGGUCCACAGAGGCCCCAGGGGAUGUGUGCCCCUGAGGGCAGCAGCAGCCAGAGUCAGGAAGGUGGUCCACAGAGGCCCCAGGGGAUGCGUGCCCCUGAGGUCAGCAGCAGCCAGAGUCAGGAAGGUGGUCCACAGAGACCCCAGGGGAUGCGUGCCCCUGGGGGCAGCAGCAGCCAGAGUCAGGAAGGUGGUCCACAGAGGCCCCAGGGGAUGCGUGCCCCUGGGGGCAGCAGCAGCCAGAGUCAGGAAGGUGGUCCACAGAGACCCCAGGGGUUGUGUGCCCCUGAGGGCAGCAGCAGCCAGGGCCAGGAAGGUGGUCCACAGAGACCCCAGGGGUUGUGUGCCCCUGAGGGCAGCAGCAGCCAGAGUCAGGAAGGUGGUCCACAGAGACCCCAGGGGAUGCGUGCCCCUGGGGGCAGCAGCAGCCAGAGUCAGGAAGGUGGUCCACAGAGGCCCCAGGGGAUGCAUGCCCCUGGGGGCAGCAGAAGCCAGGGCCAGCAAGGUGGUCCACAGAGACCCCAGGGGAUGCGUGCCCCUGGGGGCAGCAGCAGCCAGAGUCAGGAAGGUGGUCCACAGAGACCCCAGGGGAUGCGUGCCCCUGGGGGCAGCAGCAGCCAGAGUCAGGAAGGUGGUCCACAGAGACCCCAGGGGAUGCGUGCCCCUGGGGGCAGCAGCAGCCAGAGUCAGGAAGGUGGUCCACAGAGGCCCCAGGGGAUGCGUGCCCCUGGGGGCAGCAGCAGCCAGAGUCAGGAAGGUGGUCCACAGAGGCCCCAGGGGAUGCGUGCCCCUGGGGGCAGCAGCAGCCAGAGUCAGGAAGGUGGUCCACAGAGACCCCAGGGGUUGUGUGCCCCUGAGGGCAGCAGCAGCCAGGGCCAGGAAGGUGGUCCACAGAGACCCCAGGGGUUGUGUGCCCCUGAGGGCAGCAGCAGCCAGAGUCAGGAAGGUGGUCCACAGAGACCCCAGGGGAUGCGUGCCCCUGGGGGCAGCAGCAGCCAGAGUCAGGAAGGUGGUCCACAGAGGCCCCAGGGGAUGCGUGCCCCUGGGGGCAGCAGAAGCCAGGGCCAGCAAGGUGGUCCACAGAGACCCCAGGGGAUGCGUGCCCCUGGAGGCAGCAGCAGCCAGAGUCAGGAAGGUGGUCCACAGAGGCCCCAGGGGAUGCGUGCCCCUGGGGGCAACAGCAGCCAGAGUCAGGAAGGUGGUCCACAGAGGCCCCAGGGGAUGCGUGCCCCUGGGGGCAACAGCAGCCAGAGUCAGGAAGGUGGUCCACAGAGGCCCCAGGGGAUGCGUGCCCCUGGGGGCAGCAGCAGCCAGAGUCAGGAAGGUGGUCCACAGAGACCCCAGGGGAUGCGUGCCCCUGGGGGCAGCAGAAGCCAGGGCCAGCAAGGUGGUCCACAGAGGCCCCAGGGGAUGACCCCCCUGGGGUCCAACAGGAGACACGGCCAGGAAGGAGGUCCAGAGAGGCCUCAGGCAACCGCCCAGAGCCGUGAUGGGAGAGAAAACCUAAAGAAACAACAGCCUCAGGGGCAGAAGACCAAGCAGCCCAAAGGGGAGAAAGCAUCAGAAUCACACCACCAGAAGUCUACCCCAGGCUGCAGCUCACUGAUUUGGGAGUGCCCAUGGUGUAAAGGGGUGAAUUUUCCACGGCGCAAGUCCUGCUACAAAUGCAAGAGAGUCCGCGGGACAGUUGAGAGUGGAGGCCCGGACCCAGGACAAACUCACUGA